AUGACCACCGGCACGCUGCAGAGGCAGCUCGGUACUGCGGGGCGAAGUGACGACGAUCCGGGGCGGUGUGGUGUGAACGGGGCAGGCGAGGGCCCCCACCCGAGCCCGGGUUCCCGUGCGAGCAGCUCAGCAGUGCGGGCGGUGCCAGCGAUGGGGCCGCGCCGGGAGCCCGGCCCGGGGCUCAUCCCCGGGCUCAUGCCGGUGUUGAUCGCGAUGUUGGUCCCCGCCGGGGCCGGGCGGGUGAGCGAGGCCGGGGCGGGAGCACCGCGGGGAGACGCGAGCGGCACCGCCCGGGGAUGCGGCUGCGGAGGGCGCGGAGACGGGCAGCGUGUCACUGCCGUGUGGCUUGUACAGAACCAAACUUGCACUAGGUUCCAGGACAGAAUCUGCAGCUGCCCACCCCACAAGUACUGUGUUUCCAAGCUGGACAAGCACUGUGAGGUGUGUAGAACACACAAAAAAUGCGGCAAAGGUUACCGCGUUUCCAGAAGAGGGACAGACAGCACAGACACAGAAUGUAAACCUUGUCCUCCUGGCACGUUUUCCCCUGAGGAAUCCUACAACACCAGCUGCAUACCCCAUACCAUCUGUAAAUCAGUGGCUGUCCCUGGGAACAGCACGAAUGACACUGUUUGCAGUGACUCAGGAACAGCCACAGUUCUGCCUCACACUAAUUGGAACCUACUUCUGACCCAGAGCUCAGCUUUCCACAAACCUGAAAUAAUAACUCAACCUGUUGUGUUAAACUCUGUACCUGACCUGUCCCACAUCACUGGAGCAGUAGCAGGGCCAUUCUUAUUGGUCCUGAUAAUUGCUAUUUUGGGAUAUUGCUUAGUCUCCAAAAAAAAAGCCCUGGUGUACUCUGCAGCAGCUGCAGAAGCAGAUUUGAGUUUUCCCCCUCCAGAAAAACAGUGUGACAAAAAAGUCAGAGAUACAGAAUUGCAGAACUCCAGGAGUUCUGAACAGGAACACCAGCAUCUCUUGGAAACUUCUGGGUCCAGCAGUAUCCUGAAUCCCACUGGAUCUCCAACCAUCAGUGUAACAAGUAAGAAGAAUUAUGAAAAUAAAAACUCAGGAGAGUUUCAGCUGCAACAUUCACCUCCUGAAGGUUCUAAAUUCCUGAGUGGAGAUGGACACAGCUCUGCGAGUUCAGAACAUUCUGGUAACGGAGGAACGCAGGUGAAUGUGACGUGCAUUGUGAAAUUCUGCAGACCAGACUGCAGCUCGCAGUGCCCCGAGCAGAUGAGUUCAGCGAGCAGGGAUUAUGGGCACACUCCCUGGUGUUCCCCCACAGGGGGAGAAACCCUCCUUUCCAAAGAAGAAAAUGCCUUGAACAAAGAAACUGAAAUUCACAUCGCAGUGGAAAAUGAGGACAAUUUACUUCAGGACUCACUUCCAGAAGAAAAGAAGGUUCCUCUGGGCAUUCAAGAUGCUGGGAUGAAAACCAGUUAAAGGAAAUGACAGAUCAUAUGCUGAUGGACUGAUAAUCAAACAACCUCUUGUCUUAUAAAACAAACAUUCUGGUACAUGUAGCUUUCUUACAGAUUUGAAAUUUCAGAUGAAUAUAGACACUGCUGCUUUCGAGGUUUUUAGCAUCUUCUGUCGCUUUGCAGUUUAAAAUAAAAAUCACUGAAGCUUUUUAAAAUUGAAUGGCCAACUCCUCUCUUUCUCUGAUUCCCUAAGAGGACCUUUAUCAGACUUGAAAAAGAAUAUUUUUCAAACUUUAUGCUGUUUUCUCCUGAAACUUGUGAUGAUGAUUUCUAUUCAAGGUCUGCCACGUGUCAAGAGCAUGGCUGUGACCAGCACUUCUCAAGGGACUGGAGUUACUCAAUGCUCAGGAAUCAUCUGUUUGAUUUAAAUUUUAAAGCUAUUGCAUUCAGUUUCCUAUCCCCUAUUUUAGCUGUCACCCUUUCCCUCAUCCUCCUGGAUAUUUCUUUUAUUAUUACAGUUUGUUUUUUCUUAUUAUCAGAGCAAAUUUCUCAAGUACAUAUAGGGUAUUAGGAAGUGAAAUCUUUUACACAAAGUUUUUUUUACAACUAAAAUUACAACUGUUAUGUUUAAACAACAGCAUUUCAUUGUCUGUACAUAGCUCAUUUUGUUUUAGAAGGGAAAGCCUAGACUGAACUGUCGUUAUCUUGGAGUAGGAGUAAGUUCCUUUUGUUGACAACCUUAGAGUUUGUCACCUUUGUGUCCUGGCUGAGGUAACAUGUUUCCCCCAUUGAUCCUGACCUCUAUUUUGAGGUAAACCAUAAAUGCAAAAUAUUUUCCCUGUGUUCAGUGACUAUUAGAGCAGUUCCCUGUGAUUAUCUUUGCCAGAUAGCUCAUUGCCCUCAGAUGGCAGAGCAUCAUCUGUAAUAAAUGGAAUUUACUCAAACCCCAGAACCUGAAAAUCCUGUUCUCCUUCACUGCUUGAUGACGCUGGAGCUCCAACCACCUCUUACAGAAAAUUAGUGGAGGUUCUCCUUGAAUGAAGUGGUUUGGAAGCCAAUAUUUAGGAACCCACUUCCCAUAAUUAUAUUUUACAUUUGUGACUUAACUGUCAAUUGUGGUGGCUGUGUUCAACCAGAAUCUGCAAUCCCGUGGGAGUGAAGUCACACAGUGACACAUAAGCCUUGUCUUAUGCCAUAAAAACACUGCUGGACUAUGUGAUCACUGAACUGCCCUCAUCUAUCUCAAGACACAGUGGUUUUUUCUGAGGCCUGAGACCUAAAAGGAUCUUUUGGAAUAACACUGCUACAAAGG